UUUUUACAUGACAGAUUUGACACAUUUCUUGGAGGAACUAACGUGCCAGACUUCACUGCUUCAAAAUCUGACUGCACAUCGACAGGGGGAAAGGCUGCUGUCAUCUUAACUGAAUUGAAGACAUGGGGAAAGGUGUGUUCCUCAGCAAAGCUCUAGCUGUCACCUGUGCAGUUGUAGCCGUCGCUGCUGCAGCCACAAUCAUCGCCCUGGCGGCGGUCUACGCUCAGGAGAAGUCGAAGAAUGAAGUGAAACCUACGUCUACUGCUCCCCCCCCAAUCAUCACCACCACUCCUUCUACCCCAAAAGAGCCGUGGGACCACUACAGACUCCCAGAAUCCCUUUCUCCCGUUUCCUAUAACGUCACUUUGAGACCCCGUCUGAAACCCGACGCUAACGGACUCUAUAUCUUCACGGGAGAAUCGACGGUGGUGUUCAAAUGUGUGAAGGAAACAGACCUGAUCAUCAUCCACUCCAACAAGCUGAACCUCACCAACUUCGACAGGUUCCUCGCCAAGUUGACGGGCCUACAUGGAGCAACUGCACCAAACCUGAAGAGAACAUGGUUGGAAAUUCCAACCCAAUAUUUGGUGUUGCAGCUCAGCGGUCCUCUGAAGGUCGGCGACUCGUACGAACUCUUCACGGAUUUCGUUGGAGAACUGGCCGACGAUCUGGGCGGAUUCUACAGGAGCGUUUACGUUGAGGAUGGCGUGGACAAAGUUCUUGCCACGACUCAGAUGCAGCCGACGGACGCCAGGAAAGCCUUCCCCUGUUUCGACGAGCCCGCGAUGAAAGCUGUCUUCCAGCUGACGCUCAUCCACCCCGCGGGCACCGUCGCUCUCUCCAACUCCCUCAACCACGAACCUGUUAACGUCACUUUGGAUGGAGAGAAUUGGACCAUGACCAGUUUUCAUCCCACAAAGAUCAUGUCCACCUACCUGCUGGCUUUUGUCGUGUGUGAAUUUACUUUCAUCACAAACGAACCAGUCGGCGGUCCCAAACCAGAAACCUUGAUCAGGAUCUGGGCUCGCAGGAAGGCCAUCGAGGCCGGACAGGGAGACUACGCCCUGGAGAAGACUGGACCCAUACUGCAGUUCUUUGAGGACUACUACAAGUCUCCUUAUCCUCUCGAAAAGUCAGACCAGAUCGCUCUGCCGGACUUCGGCGCUGGAGCCAUGGAGAACUGGGGUCUGAUCACCUACAGAGAGACCGCCCUGCUGUUCAACCCUGACGUCUCGUCCAACGGAGACAAGGAGUGGGUGGCAACCGUCAUCGCUCAUGAACUCGCUCACAUGUGGUUUGGGAACUUGGUGACGACGCGCUGGUGGAACGACUUGUGGCUCAACGAGGGUUUCGCAACCUACGUCUCGUAUCUCGGAGCCGACUUCGCUGAACCCUCAUGGAAUAUGAAAGAUUUGAUAGUCCUGAACGAGGUCAUUGGGGUGAUGGGAACUGACGCUUUGGCCUCCUCCCACCCGCUCACUUCCAAAGAGGAAGACGUCCAGAGGCCGGAGCAGAUCAGCCAGCUGUUCGACUCCAUCACGUACAGCAAGGGAGGUUCAGUCCUCAGGAUGCUCUCAGAGUUUAUCACAGAGGAAGUCUUUUCCAAAGGACUCCAGACAUACUUAGAGGAGUUCAAGUAUUCGAACGCAGGCUACACAGACCUCUGGAGGAACUUGCAAAAGGCGGUGGAUAAUUCGAGCGUGGCGCUGCCGGCUUCAGUCGAGGUCAUCAUGAACCGAUGGAUCCUUCAGAUGGGAUUCCCCGUCGUCACCAUCAACACCCAGACGGGAAAAAUGACCCAGAAGCACUUCCUGUUGGACCCCGAAUCUGUAGUGGACCGACCCUCAGAGUUCAAUUAUGAGUGGUUUGUCCCCGUCACCUGGAUAAAGACUGGAGCAGCUGAACAGUCCUUCUGGCUUGUUGAAAAAGAAGCUACGAACCCGAGCAUGGUCACCGGUGCAGAUGAGUGGCUCGUGGCCAACAUUGACAUGAAGGGUUUCUACCGAGUGAACUACGACGCUGCAAACUGGGAACGCCUCCUCGCCAAACUGAGCUCCAAACAUCAGGAUAUUCCAGUGAUUAACCGAGCUCAAAUCAUCGAUGACGCUUUUAAUCUCGCAAGAGCGAAGAUAGUGGACACCACUCUGGCUCUGAGGACCACCACCUUCCUGGAUAAAGAGGUGGAAUAUAUGCCCUGGGAGACGUUCAGGAGAAACUUAAACUACUACUUCCUGAUGUUUGACCGCAGCGAAGUGUACGGACCCAUGCAGGCUUACCUGAAGCAACAGGUCGAACCUCUAUUCAAUCACUUCAAAAUUAUCACUGGCAACUGGACAAAGAUCCCAGAAAUGCACACCGACCAGUAUAACCAGGUGAAUGCGAUCUCCAUGGCCUGCAGCACAGGAGUGGACGGCUGCAAGGAGCUGACCAGCAGCUGGUUCACUGAGUGGAUGAAUAAUCCAGCUGUCAACAAGAUUAGUCCUAACCUGAAGUACACAGUGUACUGCAGUGCGAUCGCAGCAGGAGGAGAGAAGGAGUGGGAAUUUGCUUGGUCCGCAUUCAAGAACGCCACCAUCGCCUCGGAGGCCGACAAACUGAUGUCCGCUCUGUCCUGCAGCAAACAGCCCUGGCUGCUCAACAGGUACCUGGAGUAUUGUCUGGACCCCAAAAAGAUCCGCAAACAAGACGCCACGUCCACCAUCAUCUCCAUCGCCAGUAGCUCCGUCGGUCAGCCUCUGGCCUGGGACUUCGUCAGAUCCAGAUGGGACUAUAUCUUCAACGAGUACGGUGGUGGAUCAUUUUCCUUUGGAGGAUUGAUUAGUGGAGUGACCAGACGAUUCUCCUCUGAGUUUGAGUACAAGCAGUUGCUCCAGUUUAAAGAAGACAACGGGGGUAACUUCGGGUCGGGCACGGCGGCUCUGGAGCAGGCGCUGGAGAGGACCAAAGCCAACAUGAAGUGGGUCGCUUUGAACAAGAAACCAGUUUUGGACUGGUUCCAGAGUCAGGUUCCUGCCAUUUAAACACUGUGACGUUCAGCUGGAACCAAAUGUAUAAACCAGGGGUGUCCAAACCUCUUUCCCUGAGGGCCAAAAAAUAUACUAAAUAUUGCGUCAUAAGUUACAGUAAGUUAUAAGUUAGCAAAAUCAAUCAAAUUAUGCUUGAUUCUUGAAAAUGCUUUAAGAAAACAAACAGCCUUCAGCACAGCUAUCCAUAGGGUUUAAUUGAUCUUGUUAGCAGCUCAUUCCUUAAAACUGAAGCUCAGAUUGAUUAGAAUAAAGGGAAAUAUGAAGGGUUUAUUUCAAGAUUGAUUGGUAAAUAUAUUAUUGGACUUAUUUCUUAUCAACUAAGAUUUGUUAGAAAAUGUUUUCAGCUUCAAUUGACUCCAUUUAAUUGAAAGUCGUCUUAACACAUGGAUACUACUGUGUAAUUUGUGUUUACAUUUAUAUUUAAGAAGUACAAUAUAAGACAAGCACACUUUUCAUUUGUGGGCCAUAUUCCAUUAUGCUUUUUGAAUUUGCUGAGGGCCGAUUCAAAAUGGCCCCCGGGCCGAUUCAAAAUGGCCCCCGGGCCGUAGUUUGGACACCACUGGUAUAAAUGUCCUGAAUGUGAAGGGAGCCUUUUGUAAAUGUAAAAGUUAGAAUUAUGAAUUUGUAUGGGUAAAGAUGACUAUUUGAGAUCUAAAUCUGGUUUUGUAUGUAAAAAGAAAUGUUUUAAUACUGUAUAUACUGCCGUCAUUUUGGAAGAUUUUAGAGGGAAUUCAAGAUUUUUAAUAAAUGUCAACGAACAAAA